AGGACCCUCCUCCGCCCCGCAGCGAGUGGGAUUCGCGUCUGAGCCGCAGACGCGCGAAGACUAAGCGGCGCAGCUGAGGCCUCCGGGAGGGGGCGGACCUUGGGCAGCCGCUGGGCAUUCUGGGCGUAGUGUCCAGGCGGCUUUUGUGCGAAGCGCGAAACCAGAGGUCCUCUCCCUGACUUGCACUUGCGCGUCCGGGGAAAGGGUCCGGGAGCGGUUCCGAGGCCGCGGCGGAGCCGGUGGAGUCCGGGGUUCUGAGGCAUAUCCCAGGGAGCAGGGAUUGGAUCAAGUAACUGCAUCCAGGGUAUGGGCAAAACGAAGAAGUCACGGAGAAUUUGCCCUCGGAGCGAGGCAAGCGUUACGUAGGAUCUGGGGUGGGCAACAGUCUGUGCAGUGUGGAUCAGAGAGGAGGAAACGCCGCAAUGUGAGGGACUGGUCAGCCUUGUCAUUUCAGCAUUCUGCCUUUCCUGUGAGGAGGAAGAUCAGCCAAGUCCCAGAGCUGUGCCAUGGCAGAGACUAGGGAAGAGGAGACGGUGUCAGCAGAGGCCUCAGGGUUCUCAGACUUGAGUGACUCAGAGCUUCUGGACCUGGAGGAUACACAAGAGUCAAGUACUUCGCCUAACAAGCCUGGCCCUUCUUCUGAACUCCCUGGGAAGGAUGGCAAGCUCAUAAGCUUACCAAAGGGGAAAAGAGGAUUGGAUGUCUCGUCACCUAUGGAACGAUUCCAUCUUAAAUAUUUGUAUGUCACUGACCUGUCUACUCAGAACUGGUGCGAACAGCAAAUGGUAUAUGGGAAGGAGCUUCCUGGUUUCUUGACACCUGAGAAGUCAGCUGUUUUGGACACUGGUGCCAGCAUCCACCUAGCUAGAGAACUAGAAGUUCAUGAUCUUGUGACUGUCCCCAUCACCUCUAAAGAAGAUGCUUGGGCAGUUAAGUUUCUGAACAUAUUAUCAAUGAUUCCUACCCUGCAGUCAGAAGGGCGCAUCAGAGAGUUUCCAGUGUUUGGAGAAGUGGAGGGUGUGCUCCUUGUUGGAGUGAUUGAUGAGCUGCACUAUACAGCCAGGGGGGAACUGGAACUGGCUGAACUCAAGACACGCAGGCGCCCUGUGCUCCCUCCGGACGCUCAGAAAAUAAAAGACUGUUUUCAGGUCAGCCUGUACAAAUAUAUCUUUGAUGCCAUGGUACAAGGGAAAGUGACCACUGCUAGCCUAAUCCACCACACAAAAUUGCAUCCAGAAAAGCCACUGGGACCUUCAGUGCUGAGGCAUGCCCGGCAGGGAGGCUUCUCUGUGAAGUCCUUGGGUGACCUCAUGGAGCUGGUCUUCUUGUCUCUAACACUGUCUGACCUCCCAGUUAUUGAUAUCCUGAAGAUUGAGUAUAUCCACCAAGAGACUGCCACUGUGCUGGGUACAGAGAUAGUGGCCUUUGAAGAGACGGAGGUGAGAAACAAAGUGCAGCACUACAUGGCCUACUGGGUGGGCCACCGAGAGCCUCAAGGGGUUGAUGUGGAGGAGGCUUGGAAAUGCCGGACAUGCAACUAUGCAGAUAUCUGUGAGUGGAGGAAGAGCGGUGGGUUGCCCAACUCCAUGCUAGAGCCGCAAGCCAAAAAAGCCAAAUGAACGGAAGAUAGACUUUCAGGAACUUUGAUCUUUCCUGCUCCUAAUGUACUCAGCAGAGUGAAAGAGGACCAGUCUCUGAGCUCGACUUCCAUGGAGAGUGUUCUUAUUUUGGUUCUUUUCAUAUUUCCUCAGCCUCUUACCACACAAAUCCAGGACCAAGGCUCAGGGGUGAGUGGGAGAGAUCUGGGAUUAUACUGUCCCUGGAGCUUCGCCAUAGAUUGCCAAGAAGACAGAUGCUUAUCAUGGCUGGAGCAAGGUAUCCUUCAGCAAUCAUUGCUUUCCUAAGAAGAUUCUUCAGUUUCUUUUAAGUCUCUUCCCUAUUUUUUCUCAAUCAGGGUUUCUACAUUUUAUAUAAUGAAAUAAAAUGAAACACUGUC